AUGAUGAAGAGCGCUGAGAAGAGAAAGGCCACCUGUACACCCACUGCCCUUGGUCCUAGUCCACCUCUGCCCCAGGGGCUAAACUGCACAGUCAAGAAUAGUACCUGCCUGGAUGGUAGCUGGAUCCUCCGUCGAAACCUGACCCCCUCCUCCCCUAAGAAUGUCCAGGUCCAGCUGCAUCUUGCCCGCACGAAACACGGAGACCUCGUCCCUGUGGUACACAUCGAGUGGACGCUGCAGACAGAUGCCAGCAUCCUGUACCUUGAGGGCGCAGAGCUGUCCAUCCUGCAGCUGGACACCAACGAACGUCUGUGCACUAAGUUUGAGUUUCUGUCCAAACUGAAUCCCUACAAGCGGUGGCAUUUUACCUUUGACCACUUCGUGGUUGAUCCUGGCCAGGAGUAUGAGGUGACCGUUCACCACCUGCCCAAGCCCAACCCUGAUGGGGACCCAAACCACCUGUCCAGGAAUGUCCUCGUGCCCGACUGCAAGGACCCUGAGAUGAAGAUAACCACGCCUUGUCUGAGCUCAGGCAGCCUGUGGGAUCCCAACAUCACCGUGGAGAACCCAGAAGCUGAGCAGCUGUGGGUGAGCUUCACACUGUGGAACGAAUCCACCCACUACCUGAUCCUGCUCAACAGCUUUCCACGGACAGAGAACCAAAGCUGCUUCCAGCACGUACAGCCAAUACCUGCGCCCAGACCAGAGGAAUUCCACCAGCGAACCAGUAUCAGGGUCGCUCUGCAGGACUCCAGCUGGUGCUGCCACCACCGAGUGCAGGUCCAGCCUUUCUUCAGCAGCUGCCUGAAUGACUGUCUCAGACACUCUGUGACCAUCCCCUGCCCAGACAUCCUGCUGACCCCAGCUUCCAUUGCAGACCACAUGCCCCUGUGGGUGUACAUCCUCAUCACGGGCAUCUCCGUCCUGCUGGUGGGCUCCGUCAUCCUGAUGAUCCUCUGCCUGACGUGGAGACUGCCGGGGUCUCACCACGAGAAGUACAGUAACAGCACCGAAGGCACUGAUGUCCCGCCAGUGGCUGCCCUGACCCCUCCACCCCUGAAGCCCAGAAAGGUCUGGAUCGUCUACUCGGCUGAUCACCCUCUCUAUGUGGAUGUGGUCUUGAAGUUCGCCCAGUUCCUGCUCACUGCCUGUGGCACUGAAGUGGCCCUUGACCUCCUAGAAGAGCAGGUCAUCUCAGAGGUGGGGGUCAUGACUUGGGUGGGCCGCCAGAAGCAGGAAAUGGUAGAAAGCAACUCCAAAAUCAUCAUCCUGUGUUCCCGAGGCACCCAGGCCAAGUGGCAGGCUAUCCUGGGCUGGGAAGAAGCUGCCAUCCAGUUGCGCUGUGACCACCAGAAGCCCACUGGGGACCUUUUCACAGCGGCCAUGAACAUGAUCCUGCCUGACUUUAAGAAGCCAGCCUGCUUCGGCACCUACAUCAUCUGCUACUUCACUGGCAUCAGCAGCGAGAAUGACGUCCCUGACCUCUUCAACAUCACCUCGAAGUACCCACUCAUGGACAAGUUUGAGGAAGUGUACUUCCGGAUCCAGGACCUGGAGAUGUUUGAGCCCGGCCAGAUGUGCCGAGUCAGGGAGCUCGCUGGAGACAGCUACCCACAGAACCCCAGCGGCAGGCAACUCAGGGAGGCCAUGGAGAGGUUCCAGGAGUGGCAGAUCCAGUGCCCCGACUGGUUUGAGCAUGAGAGCCUUCGCUCUGCUGAUGACCAGGACCUUCUGUCCCUGGAUGAAGAGGUAUUUGAAGAGCCACUGCUGACACCAGGAGAAGGAAUUGUCAGGCAAAAGCCCCUGAUGAGGGAACCUCCCCCCGAGGGCUGUCUGGUGGUAGAUGUACACCUUGGUGAGGAAAGAGGGGGGCUGUCAAAGCUGGGGCCCCAGCUACAGCCUCUGGAGGAGCUGGAGGCCUGGCCCCUGAGGACCAUGGUGCUGCCUGUGGAACAGGUUCCGGCCACUCAUGCCGUGGAACCAGCCCAGCUCACUGUUGGGAGCAGCACAGCCAGCCGGCUGGCCGUGGUGGAAGGUGAGGCCUGCCCGCUGCUUGGGGUCAGCACCCCGCAGCGGAACAGUGUUCUCUUCCUGCCUGUGGAUCCCGAGGACUCUCCUCUCUGCAGCACUCCGAUGGCAUCACCUCAUCAGCUGGAUGAUGAGAGGGAGCAGCUGGAAGGCUUGAUGCUCUCACUCCUGCAGCAGAGUCUCAGCAGCCAGGCCCAGGAAGGGUGGGAGGGACCUGUCCGGGUCCUCAAGGGCCCCUGCACACCGUGUGAAGAGGAGCAGCGGCAGUCAGUGCAAUCUGACCAAGGCUAUAUCUCCAGAAGCUCCCCGCAGCCCCCAGAUGGGCUUGCAGAAAUGGAGGAGGAGGAAGAGGAGGAAGAAGAUCAGGACCUAUGGAAGCCAGCAGAGCAACUGUCCCCUGAGGAUCUGCAGACCCUGAGGAGCCUCCAGCAGCAGCUUUUAUUCCAAGAGCUCCAGAAGAACUCUGGCUGGGAUAGUAUAGGGUCAGAGAGGCCAGCUGCAGGAGGACAGGCCCCCUCCUAGGACCCCCUUGUCCUGAGCCUGGGGAGGGUAUUCAUGUACACAGGGGUGUACACGUGUG